UUUCUUUCAUUCAUAUCUCUCUCCUCUCUUCUUCGCCAUUAGAGGAGAGAAAACACACUCUGAAAUAUAAGUUAACUCAUCCAACAAAUCCAUUUUUUAUCUUCUUCGUAAAGGCAACAACGACGUUUACUGCAAGAUACUCUUCUUCAUUCUGCAUUCUUUCUUUUCCAAUCAAUUUCAUCCCCUAAACUUGGUUUCUGAGCUGAGAUUGGCUUUCUGGGUUUUGCUGAUUGAAAUUGCUGUUGAGAUCUCAAGGUGCCUUUGCACUAGCUGGAAUUUUUCGAGGUUUUUGUCUGUUCGUGAGUAGAAGAAUUUGGAUGGUCGCCGAUGUAAGGGUUUCGUUUCCGCCAUGAACACCAAGCGCGCCUACAAGCUCCAGUAUUGUUUAGCCUUGACUUGUGUGAUUCAAAAAGAGGAAUUUGUGGCACAUUCUGCUGCUGUUAAUUGUCUUAAGAUUGGGAGGAAGUCCUCAAGGGUUCUCGUAACAGGCGGGGAAGAUCACAAGGUCAAUCUGUGGGCUAUUGGUAACCCCAACGCCAUCCUGAGUUUGUAUGGGCACUCGAGUGGGGUUGAUUCAGUAACGUUUGAUGCUUCGGAAGGCUUACUAGCAGCAGGGGCUGCUAGUGGUACAAUUAAACUUUGGGAUCUGGAGGAGGCAAAGGACACCAAUCUCAAGAUAUGGGAUAUAAGAAAGAAGGGCUGCAUCCAUACUUACAAGGGUCACACUCGAGGGGUCAAUGUACUCAGAUUCACUCCAGAUGGUCGUUGGACUGUAUCUGGAGGAAAAGAUUAUGUUGUCAAGGAUUUCAUCAAAAACCUCCUCUCUUCUGCAUCAGAGAAAAGUAUGGCUUCGGAUUCAACUGCUGCCAUUGAGAAAAUUAAGCAGAUUGUUGUCAUCAACCCGAGAUUACAUCCACGAUUGCCUUUAAGUAAGUUGGAAUAUGCUGUGUCGCAAGCAAUUGAGACCGUUGUUCCUGAGUUUGUCAAGAUGUCCGUAAGGCAUGCACUCCAGAAAACCAAAGCUCAUGUUUUGAUGGCUUAUCCCUUAGGAACGGAUGACCUUCUGAGAAAUAAUGCAGCACAUAUGAUGGCCACUUCUUUAGCUCAAAGAUAUGCCAAUGAUUUUUGCUAUGAACCUUUACGUGGAUGGAUGUUUAGCUUUCUCCAUGGUUCAUUUCAGCAGCCAGGCAUUCCAUAUGAAACUCGGUGCAGAAUUGUGGACUCUAUCAUCAGUGACAACCUUGAAUCUAUUUGCGGCGGCAUCCAAGAAAUUGCCAGAACAGAGGUAGUGCGUGAUAUUGAAGCUCAUGUUAGGUCAUGGAUUCAUUCAAACAUUGCUGAGGAGAAGAUCAUGGCCAUAAAGGAUAAUUUCAAGGCAAACAUUUCUGUGAGUGAGAUGAAGGUUCUACUCGAUUCGCAUUUUGGGUUUGUGGGAGACAAAUAUGAAGCUUUGUUGGAGGCUAUUUUCAGUGGGGUGGAGAAAGGCUUUGCAAAGGUUCUUGAGGAGAAGAAGAGCUAUUUACGUUCCGUCAUGGAACCGAUGUCCGAAGGUUUUCUUCUUCAAGCUAUAGAGAAUUAUUUCAAGAAAAGAAGCUCGGUUUCAUUCGAGGAAGAACUGCCAAUGGUGUUUGAGUGUCUUGUUAAUGAUCUUAGUCUUGUGGAGCGUGAUGAUUUAAACUCGCACAUUAAAAACUUGAAGUAUGAAACUGAAGCCACUACUUCAAUUUGGCAAUCUGUGAAGAAUCUGCUUGAGAGAAGACGUCAGGGUGUUACUGUUCAAGGUAGAUUCACAUGGAUUGGUUGACCAUGGCCAGAAUUAGUCUAAACUUGAAUCUGAAUACAUUGAAUAUUUAUUUUGCUUCUGUUUUCUUUCUAAAUGUGGUUCCAUGUAUUCAAAAAGAUUUCGUUUUCUUGCAUUAAGCAGUCAAUCUUUUAUUUU